AUGUCCCGAGAACAGGCCAAGAAAUACUCCUUGGACGUGUCCCAUGUGGCGUCGGUCGAAUUGCCGCUUAUAGUCAAAAACACAGACAAGGCCAUUGCCAUGUUGGGCGGCCAAGACAGAAUCAAAAAGGCCUUGGAUUCCCAGUUCCGCCAGCUCCCGAUCCAGCCCAGCAGCCACUCGGUGGACGAUCGGAAUUUGCAAUUGCGGUUGCGCGACGACCCGUUCCACCAUCCGAUCCAGGCUCUGCUCAACCGAAGAGAGAAGAUCUUGCUCAAGGUGUCGAUUCCCAAAAGCUCGUUGCCGCCCGACUACAAGGAAAAGCCCCACAAAUACACCAUCCAGGAGUUGGUGAAGCGCAAUGCGGAAGAAAACAUUGCCCCGCAUAGAGUGGAGCCCGUAGCGGUCAUUAAUAAAAACUACACUUUCCGGGCCAUUGCGGACUUCCAGAUGACCACCAAGAACAACCUGCGGGUCCAGGACUUCCGGAAGAACGUGCUAGCGGUGCGUGAUUUCAACGACAUGCGUACGUACUACGAGGAAAAGCUCAAUGUGAAAGACGAGUUCAAGGAUACCAGUAUCUACGAAAACAAGGACCACCAUCUCAUUCCUCCACCUAAUUUCAGCGGAAUCCGUUUCCCGUUCGACUUUAAAUACCAAAAGAGUCCCUACACUGUGACUCUCCGUGACGAAAACGGAAAUGUGAAGGUUGUGAUGAAGUCUGAUAGCAAAAAAUUGUUCACCAACACUGUUGAUUUCUACAGCGACUCCGUUCCGCAGCAGCCACUCCCGGAAAUCGUGAAAAAGUACAAUUGGCUCUUGAAAUCAGACUUGUCGCAAGAGUAUUCCGACAAAAAGCUUUUUGAUUGCAUUCAGCAUUUGAACCACCUCUUCGAAGUCAAACCCAUUUGGCUCCGGAAACUGCUUAUAGACGUCACACCAGAACACCUCCAAACCGCCGUGAAAGAAGCAUUGCCGUAUGUUUCUUACUGUUACAAGAACGGUCCCUGGCGGUUUUGUAAUGUGAAACUUGGGGUAAAUCCAAAGGACGAUAAAUCUUACUGGAUGUACCAGAGCGAAUAUUUCAGAUUGCAACGGUCCCAUGCCAGAAAUGAACGGGCCGAAUCUACAACCAAAAUCGUGCCCAAUACCAUCAAAAUGUUUCACCCCGACAGCGACAUUAAGCUUUCGGAAAACCUUUUCUUCACCGGCACCAAGCUCCCCAAGGCCAUAAACUACCAACUUGGGGAUAUCAUGGACAAAGACGUGACAAACUUGAUAGAAAAAGCACAGGCUGCUACACCUUCCGAGUUUUUCCGUGACACGAUUGAUCCGCAAGACGGUUGGAUCAAGCGGCAAGUUCUAGAGACUAUUCGCCGGAUUAUAAGGUACAAGUUGCGCUGUUUGCAGGGAGACCAAGCAGUAGACCCUGAAAAACUUCGCAAAAUUAUGGAAGCAGAUUACGCCGAGAAGGAAAACGAAGAAGAGGAAGAGGACGACGACGAAGAAAACCAGGAUGUGGAAAUGGCGGACGAGGAUGAUUUUGACGACACUUUAGGAAAAGACAUCAAAGAAGAAGAGGACGAGGCAGACGAAAAUGAUAUAGACGACGAUGCCAUUGAUUCGGGCACUUUCAACGAGGAGUCUGUGUUCACGCGAAUCAAAGAGGUGGACGAAAACACAGCGGCGAAGCUCAAUGCGCUAGUGGGGUUGGUGAAACAGGACGAUCUCAAUGAGUAG